AUCUCUGCAAUGGGAGCAGCCAAGCGAAAGUGGGGGCUCUCAUCUUUCCUGGAAGAAACUUUGCACGCAUUCUUGGAUGUGAGGUGAUGGACUGACGCCCGUCGAUCUCUCCGGCCACGAAAAGAAGGACCUGCAAGACUCGUGGUCACGGGAGUCCCUUGCGUUGGAGUGCCUGGAUUCUCAGGCCAGACUCACGCAAUUCGGACUUCGUCGCACCUCAAGAUGGGAAGCUGCCUGCAAUCACACCAUCCCAGCAUUCCCUUUUCUCAUCGAGGUCCGGCAACCCAGUAUGCGCCGUCCAGAGUACGCCCGGAUCAGCCGACUGGUCAUGCUAUAAGAACGGGUAGGCUCAAUUCUUUUCUUUUUCUCGCUCAGGUCGCAUCGCCAGCCAAGGAGAAUCGCAGCUAUCAAAUGACCAGGGUCGGCGUGGGCGUCACACGAGACAAACUCGGCAUCGUGCAGAAGGAUGCCGGGCUGUCUGACCAACUGCCUUCCUGGGCAAUAACAUCAGGCCGGUCAGAAGAAUGGUUCUAUGAACCCGAUACCAACCAUAUUAUCCGAAGCCGCCACUCUAUUCGGUACGCGCCACUUUCGCGAAUUACUUGCUUUUCUCUGCCGGGGGGCACACACCGGUUGGCGAGACGAGGCCCGGUGAUUUGCCACGACCUUUGAUAUUUGGUAAUAGAAUCCUCGGACAUCCAACGGUCGAGGAGCGAGAACAGGGCUUUCGUAGACGGAGACCGAAUCAUCGUCGAGGACCUACCAGCCGGCUAGAAAAUGAAGUGGGUAAGAGAAAGGCACCGGACGGACAGGGAGAGCAAUGGCGGCCGAAGGGC